GGGUCCCGGCGGAAGCGGGAGCGCCGGAAGGAGCCGCGGCGAGGGCGGGGGGCGGAGCCUGAGCCCGAGGAGGAGGAGCCGAGCCGGCGGCUCCAGGCCCUGGCGGCCGCGGCCGAGGAGGAGGAGGAGGAGGAGGAGGAAGGGUGGGAACGUUUUCGCUGCUCUGAGCCAGGAGCAGAGCGAGGAAGAGGAGGAGGAAGAGGAAGAAAAGGAAAAAAAAACGUCCAAGGGGAAAAUUGCCAAGGAGGAAGAGGAGGCCGAGAGGAGGAAGAGGAAGAGCAGCAGGAACGACAAAUCCAAAGGGAGGCGAAAG